CAAAAAUCACCCUCGAAUUAAAGAGUUAUUAAGCCAAAAUAAAUUACAAAAAGAUAAAAAAUUUACUGUUCGCUAUGGAAAAGUGGAUAAAAAAUCUGAUAGCGGUCUUUUGUUUACCUUUAAUGAAAAUAAUCAGGAAUUAGAAAUUAUUGAAGUCGGAAAUCCCAGUCCGCAACCGGACAGCAAAGGGUUCAAGUUUGUUGGCACAAAAAUAAAUGACAAUACUUAUAAAUACAAAAUAGUCCUAGAUGUAGAUGGUAGUGAAAUAGAUUUUACUAAUUUUAUCAUUUUUCUUAAAACAAAGGACAAACAUUUUUUCCAAGCAUUCCAAGGAGCCUUAAAAGAUGCUAAUUCUAAAUUUCCAGCCUAUUUUUGA